CGGUGCAGCACGAGCGGGGUCCGAGGAAACCGAAGCUACAGCAAGCGUCUGCAGGCGGCGGUAUCGGAGGAACGAUGAAUCCGCCACCACCUCCGAUGACAGCCUCCAGUCUACAGCACAUGUCCGAGAAGAUGUCUCAGAAUCCGCAGCUACACUUCCCCGCCGGUCUCUUUGGCCCAGCCGCCCACCAUCACCCUCUAAAGGCCUUCGCGUUGCCACCCUCCUCCCUGCACAGCCCCACGCAACACCUGGAUGCCUUACCGCCUCCGCUCUUCCAUCCGCAAGCCCUUCCACCACCUCCCCUCCUCAACAUCCUCAUGUCAGCUGAAAAAUGCCAGGAAUUAGUCUGGAAUACGAAAAUCCAGUCAUCGGAAACAUCGACGAGUACAACGGAAUCGAGCUCCGGAUUAUCAAUGUCCACGGGCAGCGUUUCGAACGUCCCUCCGGUCAGUCCUCCGCUCGGAUUAACCCUGACACCCAGCUGGGAAAUACUGCAGGAGACGACGGCUCGGCUUCUCUUCAUGGCCGUGAGAUGGGUGAGGUGUCUGGCGCCAUUCCAAACGCUCAGCAAGCACGAUCAGCUUCUGCUUCUGCAAGAGUCCUGGAAGGAGCUCUUCCUCCUUCAUCUGGCCCAGUGGUCCGUCCCAUGGGAUCUGUCCUCUCUACUAGGCUGCAGCCAAGCGCGGGAUCGACUUCCACAGGACAUUCACACGGCCACAGAAAUCAAAACAAUACAGGAAAUUAUGUGUCGGUUCAGGCAGAUCUCUCCGGAUGGAAGCGAGUGCGGUUGCAUGAAGGCGAUCGUGCUCUUCACUCCAGAAACAGCAGGUUUAUGCGACGUGCAGCCGGUGGAGAUGCUGCAGGAUCAAGCGCAAUGCAUUUUGGGUGAUUACGUUCGAAAUCGCUACCCCAGACAGCCGACCCGUUUCGGACGUCUCCUGCUGCUGGUGCCCAGUCUGCGCGCCAUCCGACCGCUGACCGUCGAACUGCUCUUCUUCAAGGAGACAAUAGGCGAGAUUCCGAUCACGCAACUUCUCGGCGACAUGUACUACAUGGAAAAGUGCUCAACAAUCCAAGCGUAGACGAAUUCAAUUAGUU